AUGUCUACUCAAUUUUUUUCAAAAUUAAGUCAAAACUAUAUUGAAUUGUUAGGAGAUGAUGAUUAUUAUGAUAUUACAAUUGAAGUCGGAGAGGAUCCUAACGUAAAAAUCAUUCAUGCUCAUAUGAAUAUUUUAUGUCAUCGUUCUCCAUAUUUACGACGAGCUUUAGUUUCUAAUAAAAAAAAUAAAGAUAAUGUUUUAGCUCACAUUAAGUUACCAAAAAUAUCACCUGAAGUCUUUCAAAUUAUUUUAAAAUAUAUUUAUGGCGGGAUUCUUUCAUUGAACGAGCAAGAUGACUCAAAAAUUAUUAAAAUUUUAUUGGCUGCAGAUGAAUUACUACUUCAAGAACUAGUUGAUUACUUACAAGUAUAUUUAAUUGAAAAUAAAUCCGAAUGUAUGGAACAAAACUUUGAACUUAUCCAUCGUACAAGUUUUCAGUCCAAUUCUUUAAUACAACUUCAACAAUUUUGUACAGAUUUAAUGGUAAACUCUCCAGAGAAAAUAUUUAAAUCACUUGAUUUUACUUCACUUCCUGAAAAAUCUUUGGUACAACUUAUUAAAAGAGACGAUUUACAGAUGAAGGAAAUUGAAGUUUGGGAACAUGUAUUAAAAUGGGGACUUGCGAAAAAUCCCACACUUUUUCCUGAUCCUAGUACUUGGUCAGAUGACGAUUUCAAAGCAAUGGAAAAUACUUUACAACAUUGUUUAUGUUUAAUCAGAUUUUUUAGUUUAUCAUCUAAAGAGUUCUUACAGCAAGUUCAUCCUUAUAAAAAACUCUUAAAACGUCAACUUUAUGAAGAUUUAUUAAAUUCUCAUUUGAAUCCUGAUAGUGAACCAACUGAAAGCAUUUCAUUUCCUAGAAAUAUUAAAGUAGAUGGAAUUAUUGAUUCAAAAAUUAUUAAUAAUUUAAAUAUUAUUUCAACCAUUUCAAGACGUAUUGAUAAAAUGGUAAUUAAUAAUAAAUUUGACCAUUUAAUUGCUAAUUCGGUUAAGAUCAGCAGUGUCCUACUAUGUAAAAUUGGGGAAAUUGGUGCAAAUAAUAAAAAUAAUUAUCAUAUGAUCUAA